UUCGGUAACUCUUAACGAUUCAUUUGUUGAGUUGUUAAUUAAAGAUUUUUGUCGUUGUCAAUAACGAUUAUGCGAUUCACUAACUCAUUCCUAACGACAGUAAACAGCUGACUUUUUCCAUUAUUUCAAAUUGAUAAAAAGUGGCAUCUCCGCUGUUCGAAAUGUCAAAUUUGCGAAAAGCACAAAGCGGAACAGAAAAAAAACAAAGCCAUUUCUUCGAGCCGCUAAUUUGCGUCCACAUAUUGCAGAAAAGGGGAGUACAUUUUGCUAUUUAUUUAAUUAAUAUGUAUAAGAAUUUACUUUGUUCUUAUUUAUAAUUUCAGAAUGGCGUCUACCAGUGGAGCAGGAGCUAAAAGGAGUCGGGCAUCAGCGGAGCAGCUCAACGUGAUGAUCGACCUUCUCACGGAGAACGAAGGGCUUGCGUCCGGAAAGUUCCAGCGUCUCCAAGGAAAGCUGGAGUAUCAAAAGAAGUGGGCGGAAAUGGCACAAAAGCUCAACGCUAUAGGAGGAGCUGUAAAGUCAGUGGAUCAAUGGCAUUCGGUCUGGCGCGACUUAAAAAGCCGUACAAGCGUACGUGUACGUGACCGGAAGAGGCAGCAGGCUCUAACAGGCAACAGGCCCAUCGAUCAGCCGCCUUUAACGGAGAUGGAGAGGCGGGUAAUUGAUCUAAUUGGGAUCAACUACAUCGAGGGUCACGAAGCGGUUCCUGACAAUGUGCCAUUGGAAGAGGUGAGCUUAUAGUUAUACAAUUAUUUCUAUUAUUAUUUAAUACUU